AUGCGGUUCUCUCAAGCGGCAUUGGUCGCAAUCCUUGCGGCUACAGUGGCUUCAAAGCCUAUUGUAGCUCGCACGGAAGACGUCAAGGCUAUGGAGGAGUACAACAAGUGCUGUGACACUCGUGACAAGCACGACCCCAAGCUAAUCUGCACACCACCAGAACCUAAGCAUGACAAACCGCAUGCUGAGCCUCCCAAAGAUAGCAAGCCUUACCCUGAGCCUCCGAAGGAUGAUAAGCCUCCUAAGGACGAUAAAACUCCUCCUAAGCCGCCUAAGGAUGAGAAACCACAUCCUGAGCCGCCUAAGGAUGACAAAACACAUCCCGAGUCGCCUAAGGAUGAGAAACCACAUCCCGAGUCGCCUAAGGAUGAGAAACCACAUCCUGAGCCGCCUAAGGACGACAAAACUCAUCCUAAGCCGCCUAAGGAUGAGAAAACACAUCCCGAGCCGCCCAAGGAUGAGAAAACUCAUCCUGCACCGGCGCCUAUCCCAGCGCCUGCCCCAGCACCGGCUCCCGCUCCUAAGCCAGAAGGACCCAAGAAAGAGGAGCACCCAGUGCCUGCCCCAGCGCCUGCCCCCGCUCCUAAGCCAGAAGGACCCAAGAAAGAGGAGCAUCCGGUGCCUGUCCCAGCGCCUGCCCCCGCUCCUAAGACAGAAGGACCCAAGAAAGAGGAGCAUCCGGUGCCUGCCCCAGCGCCUGCCCCCGCUUCUAAGCCAGAAGGACCCAAGAAAGAGGAGCACCCAGUGCCUGCCCCAGCGCCUGCCCCAGUGCCUGCCCCAGCGCCUGCCCCAGCGCCUGCCCCAGCCCCAGCACCUGCUCCAGCAAAGGACGAGUACAAGUACUACACCUUCGGCGAGGAGAUCACGCUGAAGUGUGAGCAUGGAAAGAUCAUCGUCAAAGCGCAUACUUAG